UACUGAUGAGGAUUGAUCAGCAAAGAGCCAAGUAAAAAGCGGGCUGAUAGCCAAAGCCUGUUAAGCAAUUAUAGAAUCGAAUUGGAUUGAAGUUUUCGAGAUCUACACCAUCGUUUACUUUUAUUUUGGCUGAGCAUCUGAAGGUAUUCAGUUGUGGGUUCACUCCACGGAUUGAUUUCUUCAUAAAAUGAAUACACAGAUUAAAAAGGAGAUAAUCGAGUGUUCUGGAUUGUCAUGAUUAAUCCAAUCAAAAUAUACAUUAAGUGAUACUAGAUGAUUUAUUUUUAUCAUAUCAAUUGGGUCGGUAGUGCGUCCUAAUCAUCAUUCACCAUCUUUCCUACGGAUUGUUAGAACAAAAUAACAGUAUUUUAAAUCUCUAAUCAAUUAUCAAGAGGAUUCUCCUCUAUAUUAACUGCGGUAAAGAAAUACCAAUCACUGUGUUACAAUGGAGGCAAUCAAGAAAAAAAUUGCGGCAUUGAAGAUGGAAAUGGAUGCUGCAAACGAAAAAGUUGAAGCUAAUGAAACAAAAGUUAAACAAGAAGAUUUUCGCGCGGAUUUAUUACUUGAUGAAGCCAGAGCUCUCGCGCAGAAGCUGAUAACACUGGAACGUGAUUAUGAAGUUGCGAAAGUUAACCUUGAAACAACGACAGUGGCUUUAGAAACAUGUGAAAAAGCAUAUGCAAAGGCUGAACAAGAUCGAACGACAUUGACAAAGAGAGUUCAGGAAAUCGAGUUAAGUCUUACAAAGAAAGAAGAAUUACGUCUUCUUGCAGCUACGAAAUUAAUACGUGCUACUGAACUUGCUGAUGAUGCUCAAAGGAUGUGUAAUGUAUUGGAAGAUCGAAAUCGGAUUGUUCAAGAACAUAUGGCGAAACUCACAGAAGAACUAAAAGAUGUGAGAUUAAUUGCUGAAGAUGCUGAUGCUAAAUCUGAAGAGAUUUCCGAAAAAUUAUCACUUGUUGAAGAAGAACUUGAAGCUGCUGAAGAAAGAGUAAAGAACAGUGAAGCAAAAAUUAUUGAACGAGAGGAUGAAUUAUUCAUUGUUCAAAACAUUUUUAAAUCUUUAGAGGUAGCAGAAAAGAAGGCAAAUCAAAGAGUGACUGAUUCUAAACUUCUAGUAAAAGAAUUAAAAGCAAGCCUCAAAGCAGCAGAAAAGCGUGCUAUUCAUGCCGAAAAAACCGUUAGAGCUUUGCAGAAAGAAGUUGACCGAAAAGAAGACGAACUUAGAGAAGAAAAAGAGAAGUGUAAAGCUAUCCUUGAUGAUAUGGAUCUAACAUUUGCAGAAAUGACGGGAUAUUAAGAUAAAAAAAAAAGCAUUCAUACUAAAAUAAUUAAAAUUAAAUUUUAAAAAAGUUCUUUUCUACUAUGCGCUACUUACAUUCGCUUAAAACUAAAAAAAUGGCUUGAAUGUUAUUUUAGUCGUAGCCCUUUGGCUUCAAUCUAACUCUAGCUAUCUAAUGUGAAAUACUUCAAUCCUGGCCUUUAACUAUUUAAAAAUAACCCGAUAUGUAGCGUGCACUUUGUGCAAAUCGUUUAUGCAACAUAUUGUUUUAUCUCACACGCAAUCGCGGCAACAAUAAUGCUUUUGCAUGAGGCUUAUCAACAAAUAAUUUUUUAUCGAUAUAAGCUAUAAAAUUACUUAUAAAUUUAGACGAAUCGAUGGAUUUGUUUCUUUAUUUUCAGAGUUGCUGAUCAAGUUGGAUAUGUCAAAGAUAAACAUGUGAUUAAUUAUUUUUUCUCGUGAUGUCAACUCUUUUCAAUACUGUAUAGAAAAAGAGUUAUAUUAAGUGUUGUCAAUAAAUGGUCAGACUGAAACUAGAAGAAA